AAAGUCUUAUAAAGCGGGUAGGAGAUCUAUUGUCAGUAAUAAAUUGGGACAGAUAGCAAUGGACUGAGAUACUAAAUAUACAGCCUAGUUCUUCAUAAUUCUAACAUUGAAACAUUUUCUACUGCUCCAAAAAAGUUUGGAUUGAAGUACAAAGUUAAGGCUGUAAGACUCAUUGUCUAUAACUCUGAGGAGCCAUGUUCUUUCCAGACUAUGUCGCUUUAUCUAUCGCCGACAAAGCUCUUUCAGUUAUCUUCAUCAUAUUGAUAUGCGUAACAAAUAUUGCAUUAGUGGGUCGACAACUGUCAAGACCGAUGUUCUAUCGGAACGCCAAGCUCAUGGCAAUAAUCUCUUUAGCUGUAGGCGACAUCAUUCUAGCUCUGUUCCCCGGUGUUAUAACAGCUAAAAUCUAUUUUAACCAACAGUGGAUUCCGAUCUGCAGAGUAAAUCUUUUAUCCUCAACCUAUUUUAGCUUGAUGCACUUUGUGUUCGGCAUAGGCCUGGUAGUGCUUUGCGCUGAGUCUCACCUCCGAGAUUUCAUCAAGAAGUCUGGCAAGGAAACCGCUAGUGCGCUGGUGCUGAGCAGUGUCCCUUGGAUUAUAGGUUUAAUUGUAAUAUUACCACUGUGCCUGGUCAACGCCGAAUAUGAUUUUUUCUGCAGGACUGGGGUGUCCCUUAAAGUCAUAAUAGCUGUUUCUGUGUUCGUGCCAACGUCAUUAGCUGUACUGGUAUGUGUGGUCAAUAUCUGUGUUACCUAUUCUACUGUAAAACCACAUCAAAUAGUAGGCACCCGGCCUCCACCUGUUGUCUACUAUCAUAAUAAUGUCGCCAUACCAGUUAAUCAAGAGACCCAAUAUUCGGCGACCAGCGGAGUGAACAGCGAUUCCUAUCUCCACAAACAGGACAACGCCAAGGAGACUAAUCUAUCGUUGACCUUUCAACCGUCCAUGACGAAUACACCUCAACUCCAACCGACGGCCCAACAAAGUCAGGCGGGAUACUAUCAACAGCCAGGACCAGUGUACAUCACUCCCCACUCCCACCAAACGACUGUGCAGCAAGGCUACUACCAGCCCGGUGUGGUCAACAUCGGUAGGCCUAAUGGCCAAACAGUUGCUCCCUUCGGAGCACCUUCGUCCAACCGCCGCAAAGAAGCUAUAAUGCUACUAGCUAUUGCAAUAUUCUAUUUUGUAAUGGUCUUGCCAAACUCUGGUGUUGCGAUCACAAACAUCGAUUGGCCUAAUCCGCUGAUGUUUUCAAUAGUGACUCAAACUGUUAGCUGGCUAUCGAUGGCUAGAUCAUGGGUCACUCCAAUUAUGAUGUUCUUCUACUCCAAAUUUUAAUCUUCAAAGCGAACCUUUUUUUUUAACUUUAAACUUCUUUUAUUUAAACUUUUAUAUAGCUAAUAUAUAUCAAUAAUUCGUUUGUGGAUUUCAUAGUGAUUUUUUUUUUGUAGCCCUUACAGAAAUUCGAAGAUUAGCAGUAAUGAGAUGUCCAUGACUUCGUCAAUAGAAAAGAUACACAUUGAGAAUACUCAAAUAACUAUAAAUGUAGAAUUCCUGACAAUUUGUUGCUGAUUAAACAUUUCUAGAAAUAACUUUUUAAACAGUUUAUGACGCGAUUUCUUUUAUCUUUGAUGAUUUAAUUCCUAAGUCUGUUCUUGAAAAAAAGUCAAGCAAGGCAAAGAGAAGUCUAACCUCUAGGUUUAUUGAGAAAAGUACAUUUCUAAAUACAGUUCUUUAGUCUGCAACUGUCACUUUCCAUACUCAAACUAACUCAAACAACGUGAAGGCUAUAAAUACAUUUAGGUCUACCAGUUCUCUGAACAAUUUUACGUAGAAACAAAUUUCUACUUUCCUAAUGUUACAUUGUGUAACAUUGUCUUACAUUGGGAUUGUGUCGUUAGUACAUUUUUUUUUACUUCUUAUAUAAUAUAUUCGAAUUACAAACACUAAUGUAAGAAGAGGAUUGAAGAAUUAAUAAAGCACUAAAGAAACUUCAA